GUGAAGCGCAUCGUGAGUUGCAGCUGCGUCAGCUGGUCCACUUCAUCGCCUUUAAGGACCAUGCGGACGACCCCCGGGAGCUGUCUGCAGCCACCCUGGCGCAUUUGCCGCGAGACAUCGUGCGCUAUUACAUGGCCAAUGGCAUCAAGCCACGACAGCUGCAGCGCUUCGAGGACAAGGAUGGCGUCCCCUACCCAAAGUUCGUGCCGAAGGAGCCGGUCUCCUCUAUGAAAG